UCCAGGACCUGUCUCUAGUCUAACUGAAGAACAGAAUACAGUUUCCUCAAUUCAAUUUUCUUAUUCAAUCCCAGUAGAACUCAGUGGAUUUGAUCCUGGGCUAGUGCAUGAAAUCCAGUACAGAACAGAAUACGCAGACAAAUGGACAAAACUUAAAUCAGUUUUCACACAUAACAUCAAAAGAGUUGUGAAAAUAGAGGAUCUAGGGCCCUGGCAAAAUAUAAAUGUGUCUGUCAGAUUAAAAUCAGGACUUGAAAUAUACUCCCACAAAGAUGUAAUCUCAAAGAUUGAUUUGUACUUUGGCAAAGAUGUGUACUCUGAUAAAGAUGUGUACUCUGAUAAUGAUAUGUACUCUGAUAAUGAUGUGUACUCUGAUAAAGAUGUGUACUCUGAUAAAGAUGUGUACUCUGAUAAAGAUCUGUACUCUGAUAAAGAUGUGUACUCUGAUAAAGAUGUGUACUUUGGCAAAGAUGUGUACUCUGAUAAAGAUGUGUACUGGUCGGAACAAUGUACUGAUGUGUUUAGAACUAAACCUGCUCCACCUUACAGAUCACCAGGAGUGUGUCCUGGAAGUUUUGAGCUGAUAAAAACAUCUCAGGGUCCCGUGAUAAACCUGUACUGGGAAAGUUUAGAGAAUUGGGAGAAAAACGGUCCUGGGUUCGGGUACACUGUACUUUGCAGUACAGUACAAUCUAGACUCUGCAGUACAAUACUGGAGAAUAAUAAACAACAAGUAUCAAGUUCAUAUGCAACCUUUACGAAUGUAUCGGAGAAUGAAGACUUGAGGUUCAAGAUUUACUCAAUGAACAGUGAAGGUUUUUCUCCUGAACCUUCAGUUCUAAAGAUCCCUAAACCUGAUCUUAUCAAGCACAUUCAACCUAGAGCUGUCACAAAAAUUAUUCGUAAUCAUGGUGUACAUGAAAUAUCUUGGAUUCGUCCAGAGCACUUCCACAACAUAACUUCAUACACUGUUUUCUUCUGUUCAACUUUAAGUGAAGCAGAUUCAAAGUGCAGCGGUAAACUGAGUUGGAUAGACCAUAAACAAACUAUGAAUGUGACACAAACUGUGACAUUAAACCUGAGCAGAAGCCUGGUAUACCUGCUAGCUGUGUCGGCCAAUCUACCCAGUGUAUCUAGUGGUAUGGUCUGGUCACAGUGUACGGUUAAGCAGGAUGGUAUAGUCUCUCAAUUGAAGAAUGUACGAAUCCCUUCAAAACAGUCCAGAUCUAUGAUUGUUGAAUGGAGAAAUGAAUGUUCAGAUAGAAUAGGAGCUGUACAAUACUUUGAAGUUCACUACUGUAGAGUGCAUCGCAGUAAUGUUAACAAAUGCUUAGGAAAAGCAAAAAUAAUAGAGAUAAAUCCGGAAAAUACUAGAACCAAGAUACAAAACCUAAAACCAUUCACAAUUUAUCAGGUUCUGGUUUAUGUUGCGACUAGUGAAGGACUAGGAGACGCUAGUUCUCCAGUAUUGGUGGAAACCCUUCAAUCCUCUCCCAGCUCACCUCCAACCAAUAUUACAAUCAGGAACAUUGAACCCUACUCUGCAGUUCUAUCUUGGAAAGAUCCUCUGGAACCAAAUGGAAUUAUUUCAAAAUACUUGGUUCGUGUUUUUGACGAGCUAAGGGUAAAUCUGAUCAGAAGUGUUGAGGUUUAUGUAAAACCAACCCCUGAUAUUGAACCUGAACCUCCUCAUGAACAUAAUCUUGCUCUUUAUCCUAAACCUAUUCUUCCACACGGAUCUGAACCUGAACCUUCUCAUGAACAUGAUCUUGUUCUUUAUCCUAAAUCCACUCUUUAUCAUAUACCUGAAACUGAACCUGGAACUGAAACUGAACCUGAACCUGAACUUGAACCUGAACCUCAAACAAGGCUAAGUCGAAAAUAUAAACUGUUGUUGGAUUCUCUAGACCCUUUCACAAACUAUUCUGUCCAGGUAUCAGGAUGUACAAUUUCAUGCAGUCAAUUCUCGCAUCUUUAUAGUUUUAGAACUUUGACGGGAAGACCUGAAGAACCGGGGGCUCCAAAUGUCGUCUUCUUAAACACCAGUAUCAUAUCUGUAUCAUGGAACACAAAGUUUAAGAUUGGUGGUGAACGAGUUUAUCUCUGGAAGCUUUUAAUUGACAGAGCAGACGAAGGAAACUAUACAGAAGAGAUACCUGGAGAAAAUACAGUACUCCUACUGGACCUGGAUAAGGUUCAGGGAGAAGCAGGGUGGAGUCCUAUCUGUUUGAAUUCAUCAAUAACAACCCUUUACAACUUUAGCAUUCAGGCAAUAGUAAAGGAUGAACAAGAUGUCGUCUUCUCUUCUCCUUGGAGUCAACCAAGCAUAGUUCCCGCAUAUUGUGAAGGUGUUGUUGCCUGGAGACUAAUAUUGCUUGGAACUGGAUUAUUUUGUAUUUGUAUAUUUGCUGGACUUAUCUCUGCCUGCUGGAUCUCAGCCUGGGUAUCAACUAAACGAGAUAUUUUCGAGAAUAUAGCAAAAGACUUGGACAACAGGUUUGAUGAGACCUCCAAGUCUCCGGAGAAAGAAGAACGUCCUGCCUUCUCCGAGGAGAUCUUUUACUUCAAACCCAGACUAGAUUCGUCCUACACUAAAGCAAUCCAGGAUCCUGAGAAUCAAGGUUCAGAUUCAACUUCAGGGUUCAACUCUUCUCCCAGUACUCUUAGUACUCUUCACCCAGUGGAGUCAGAGAUAUUUGAUACUGAAUGUUCUAUGGAUUGGAAAGAAGUUACCGAAGCUAAUACUUCAACCCUCUCUAGUAUAUCAGAAUACGUGGAUCUAACAUCUGUUAUUUCUAAACAUAACCUCAGGAAUAAAUCUAGUCUUGAUUAUACACUGGAUCUCGGAUACAGUUAUAAACCAUCUACAGCUCUAGAUAUACCUUUAGUAGAACAAUUGGAGAACUUGUUAUCUGCGGACACUGAGUUUAACUACACAAAAGAAACUGGAGAAGACAGGAUUUAUUUUCCGGAACCAUUUCAUCUGACAGAAGCUUCUUAUAUUCAACUGCAGCAGCUUGCGCCAACAAUAAAAGAGCGUCUGCCUAACAUGGGAUUAACUCCUUACAUACAUUUGGAGCAGCUCUCACCUAUAAUAAAAGAGCGUCUACCUGUUCGAAACUGUGCUUCGGAAGCAUCUCCAUAUAUACAACUUGAGCAGCUACGUUCAACAAUCCAAGAACAUCUCCCAGUCCCCCUGUAUACACGGAAACCCAGAGAUAUAUUUCCUUCCUCCCUCUAUAUUUCUGGACUUAGAGAUAAUUUCAGAUCUAAAUCUGAAUCUACACUUCUCGAUCCUGCAACUUAUAUUCAAUUUAACCAAGUGGGUAUCUCAACUCUAAACCCCGGGAAAGGAUGUAUCAGAAACAAUAAUAAUGAUUAUGAAGAUGCAUUCAAUAGUGCAAUAAUAUCUGUGAAAGAUAAUGAAUAUUCUUUAGAUAACUCUGAGGACUUAUCUACGCCUGCAGUUUCUGAAAUCCAAGAUUUAAUUUCUUCAAAUCAAAAUCAAGAUAGCCAAGUGAUUGGAUACACAAGGAUACAACAAAAUCAAGGGGUUUCUAAUCCUGGAUACACAAGGAUACAAAAUCAUGAUAUUCUAUCUCCUGGAUAUACCAGGAUACAGAGAGAUGAAGGUUCCCAAGACCAAGAUACUACUUUUCAUGGAUAUAUCAAGAUAGAGCAAGACCUAAAGAUUUAUGAAACUUGUCAUAUGAAACAUGAAGAAGUAUGCAUUAACCAUACUGGGCUUACAAAAACAGAACAAGAAUUUAAUAUCCUGAACUCUGAAUGUAUCAAUACAGUGCAAGAUCUGGAUACCAGCCCAACACCUAGAUAUAUCAGAAUAGAGCGAACUGGCCAGCUUCCCUCUAUUGGAUACAUUAGAGUGGAACAAAGUCAAGAUAUCAAUUUAUCUGAAUAAAUUUCGACAAUUUA